AUGCGCUGGUGGGACAAACCACCAAUAAGCGCCAAACUGCUGCGAGGCUCAGGACCUUUCGGCCUGUUGGUGUUGACAAACAUCGCUCGCUUGUCUCUUCGCUUCGAUGAUAUCGAAUUAUUGAUUGCUUCUAGACUCGGGUCCGGUCUUUGUGAGCUCAUCGUAUCCGCCAUGACAUCCCAGACCCGAAAUAAGCGCGGGUUUCUUGACGCCCUGGCAAGUUUCAAUAAGAACAUACUCCAAACUGCAUCAGUCGUCAUCGGUCAUCCAUCAUCAGGCUGUCGUGUCCCGGAGUGGGCGCGUGUCUCUCCGCUUGUUCGUCUCGAGAUGUUGAAUAGGCAUGUUGAUGCUCCCCUGCUCGAACACCGCCAAGACUUUUGGGAUGUCGCUCUCGGGGAUGGUUCCAUUACUUAUUGCACCUCGCCUAUUGUCAUCCUGCUGACAAAACUUCGAAGUGAGCCACUGCGUGCGCGUUCGAGUACGAGAAACGUUACCGAAUUCUGGGGACACAAGCAGCUCGUACCGCACAUCCGACGAUUGGUGCCGCACAUUGUUAGACUUUGCUGGGCGUUUACGCCGAGAGGACGAUCAAUCAAGAAUGCGAAAUGCGAAAUCCGCGCCUGGGACGAUGUUCGACUCAGGCACGCUUGGGAGUCGGCGUCCAGACUUGGCGAUGCUCGAAGCUGA